AUUUUAUUUAAAAAUUAUAUUUAGUUUAUUUGAUAGUGACGCCCUGUAACAAUAAAAAUAUGGAUAUCUCUGACUUCAUGAUUGGAGGUUUGCAGCUAUGGGUGCGAUCUGCUUCACCAACCCACUCGAGGUAAUAAAAACACGUUUACAAUUGCAAGGUGAAUUAGCUGUACGAGGAUCAUAUGUAGAGCCUUACAAGGGAAUUUUCGACGGACAAUUUUUGGUCAUAAAAGCACUAUUCGUGGAAAAUUGUAUCCGGGUACAUUGAUUGGUUCUUGAACUGUAUACUGGAAAGUGAAAAAUCAGAGGGAAUUUAAAAUUGAAUUGAAUAGGAAAUAGGAGUUUUUGUCUGAUUACGCCAAUUUUGCACUGCGACAAUAUUUACACUGAGCGAAUAUGGCUAUUAAAGUCAAUUGGUUGUUAGAGAACAUGUGUACCAAGUUUCAUAAAUAUAUAUCAAUUUGUACUCAAAUUAUCGAUUGUACGGAUGAACAAAUGGACGCACGGGCAGACGGACGGAUGAAGAGACAGAAAUUCGGAAAUUCAUAACUCAAUAUAUAUGUGCCUCGAUUAGUUUAAGGUGAUACAAUCAACCUUUGGGUGAACAAAACUAUUAUACUCUGUAGCAACUUGAUGCAAGAGUAAAGAAUAUUCAUAAACUAUUCGCAAAAACAAUAUAUUGAGAUUCGUGUAUUGUUUUCAGCCUUUUCUAAGAACACCAGUGUAGUUCUUCAUCAUUGAUAUUAUUUCACCGUGGCAACUACCAGAAGCAAGGUCUAAAACAAAAUUGAAUUGCAACAAUUGACAAUGAAAGGAUAAAUGAGAAUUAUAAAGAAAUAAACUGAGUAAAACAAGGGAAAAUUAAUAAAUAGCUCUUGUAAAACAAUGUUGUAUCAACAGAAUUUGAAAACAUAAUUAUAACGUCUUUGAGUGUAGUAAAUGUGUGCACAACAUGAAACAAAACCAAAUCUUUCAAUACCCUAUUGGGCCAUUUUGCUCAUGAACGCUUGUAGUUUAUGUGAAUGCUAUAAAAACAUUAUCCUAAAGGACUAUCUAUGUGCGGACAAAUUUUUAGAUAUUCAAAGGUCCCUUCAUGUUCAUCCCGCAUUUACUCUAACUGAAGAUCGAGAUUCUGCAGCCAUCAUAACCCAGGUGUGGAAUACAACGUUACCUGGCUAUUACUCGUCUAACAAGUUAAAAUACGAUUGUUAUUUUCGCGUACAAACACCUCAUCGACCACCGCGCGGAAUUUACACUGUCAUCACACGUCUUAAAUUUCGACGUGAUCCUGUUAAUAAUGCCUGUAUAGAUUAUAUUCAAUUUGUUGGUGGUAAUCGUCCGGCAUCGGAAAAGAUAUGCAACGAAAUAGCAAUAGAUGGACCGGGUCGGUUAAUAUUUGAUGAACGUAAUCGUGAAGUUAAUAUUCACAUUUACAUUGAUAAACGUGUUUCGAUAAAGGAACCACUCGAAUUGCGAAUGGUGAUGACAGCACACUCUGAAUGUAAAUACACUGGAGAUUUUCUUUGUGAUCCGAAAGACCAGUACUCGUGUAUUUCCCGUCAUUUUGUGCGCGAUAAUAUAACAAAUUGUAUGUAUCCAUGUCGAGAUGAAAUAUCAUGCUUUCAUGAUGCACCUACUUCAGUGGAAGCUGACACCACCUAUGUAGCACUCUCAGCGCUAACUUCGUUAAUUUUUACAAUGUUGGGCGUUGGUUUCUGCAUAUGGGUCUGUUGGAAAUAUUGGAAUUGCAUAACAGUACAGCAACAUGCACACGAAGCUUCAGCGGCUGCACAUCGUAGGGGGCAAAGGGAAACCCCCGCAGUUGAGAUACAAACGGUACCGUCUUUUAGUGAUGCUAUUACUUCGAGUAUUGGAUACGAACAAGACAAUCAACAUCAUCGACCACAAUCACCAAAAGAUCUACCGCCAAGCUAUGAAUCAUUAUUUCCAGAAAGAUAAGCGGUAGUGUCGGCGUUGUAGUCAAAUUAUUUAAAAAUGUUACUGCUAGACGCAAGCCAAACAAUUAUUAUCUACAUGUUUAAGGAAUCUCUUUUUACAAAUGAAUCAAAUGUGGGUGAUCCAGUUUUGUGAAUUAAUUAACACCAAAGUGUCAAACUUGUGCCAGCAGCUUUUUGUAUUUUAUUAUGAUUUUUGUUCUUUUAAAUUUUUUGUUUUUGUUAUGUUAUAAGUCGAUCAAAUGAAUGUCUAUAGUGCCGUCGAUGUACAGUUAAAAUUGUACAACUGCAUUUAGUACUGAUAUCAUUUGACAAUUUACCAACUCGAA